ACAACUAGUAAACACUUCUCCAGCAUGUGUUCAGGCGUCUUAGCUUCACUCUUUUAACAGUUUUAGGUCUUUUUGAGCUUGAAGCGACUUUAAGGCCUUUAACCUCCACCCAACAUGGACGACAACACUCUGAAGGCGCUGGUGAAGCUCGCUCAGGAGGGACAGCUGAGCUCUUUGGAGGAACAGAUAACGUCGGGCGGCUCGGCGGCGGCUCAGACUGUCAGUAGCAAACACUUCGGUCGGUCAGGAGACACCCUGCUGCACUACGCUGCCAGACACGGACACCUGGAUGUUGUGGAGUAUCUCAUAAAGCGGCUGGGCAUGGACGUGGAGGUGUACAACAACGACUACAAGAGGCCGCUGCACGAAGCUGCGUCCAUGAGCCACCAGGCAUGUGUGAGCUACCUGCUACGAGAAGGCGCCAAGGUGGACAGUCUGAAGAAGGCGGACUGGACUCCCCUGAUGAUGGCCUGCACUCGGAGAAACCUCGACGUGAUCCAGGAUCUGCUGCACCACGGGGCCGACCCUGCCCUGAGGAACAAAGACGGCUGGAACUCCUUCCACAUCGCCUGCAGGGAGGGCUACCCUCCAGUCAUACAGCACCUGCUCCUCGUGGCACCGGACGUCUGGAGGACGGUGAGCAAGACGCGCAGGACGCCGCUGCACACUGCAGCAAUGCACGGCUGUGAGGAGGUUAUUAAGAUUUUGCUGGAGAGAUGUGGCUACACCUCAGACAGCGCUGACAGCUGUGGAGUCACUCCUUUCAUGGACGCCGUCAGGAAUGGACACAUUUCUGUGGCCAGGCUGCUUUUGGAGAAGCACCAGGCGUCUCCAACAGCAGCUGACAGAGUCGGGGCUCAGCCGGUGCACCAGGUCGCUGUCACUGGACAAAACGAGGCGCUGCGGUUCCUGGUACGGGACCUAAAUGUUGACGUGAACCAAAGGGCGACUGACAUGCAGCUCACUGCCCUGCAUUACGCUGCAAAGGAAGGCCACACGUCCUCGAUAAAAACACUGCUGGAGCUGGGGGCAGAUCUUCAUGUUCGGGACAAGAAGGGAAGAAGUGCUCUCCACAUGGCCUGCAUCGGGCAGCAUGCAGAUGCAGCCCAGACUCUCAUGCAGCUCGGACUCAGAGACUCAGCGGACGCAUCUGGUAUAACAGCGCGGCAGCAUGCCAAGAAACAACACGUAGUACAAGUCUUCGAGUGCGACUCGCCCAACGCAGUAUAAACAGCCCAACAGUGACGCAGAGCACUUAGUUAUGUGUAAUUAACUUAAGUAAAGAAAAUUAUGUGAAACAAUGAGUGUGACUGAAGUCCAUCCCUUUAGGUUAAUAAAGCUUUACUUGUGUUUAGGAUAUUCUUGAGUUACAGAAUUGUAGACAGUUCACAAAGACACUGUGGAAGUCACAUAACUUGAAUUAGUCUUUAGUAAUAUUUACAUUGGACCUGACCUGAUGUAAGUGACAUGAGACUUGAAAAAUAAGUCAUUGUGCUGCAUGGGAAUAAGAACCUUAUUUGGAGAACGCUAUGCACCAAGGUUUACACAUGAUCGGACAUGCUCACCUACCCGGGUAUGACUUUGUCUGAUUGUAUCUGAUAUCAUCACGAGGCUCAGGCUUGUCAUCACAGCUGCCGGGAGGUCAGACCUGAGCUGUAAACAUCAGAUAAUUACAGUGGCUGAAUGGUGUGUAUGCUGCUUUGUAUAAAAGUACUGUUUAUUGUCUAUAUAUGUAAAUACGUGUGAAAUAAAUGAAUGUAAUGUACGUUAAAUAAUGUUACAAUGAAACUUUUGAGGGUUUAGCCUCCUGAAAAUCAGAUGGU